GUAUAAGAGGAUGUUAGUUUUUUACUGACUACUUGAAGAAUUUAUCGUUAAAGUGUACCGAUACAUAAGUUUAUUCUACUUUUACUCUGUGGAAGCGAUAACACCGGAUUUAAAUAUCGGAUUUCGCCAGCAUCCGCCAAUUGUCUCCGAAUCGUCCCUGGAUUAAAUUCAAAGAUGAGCGUUACUUUGAAAAAUCAACCGAUAAAAGUUAUCGACCCAUCUGAAUUAUUACGACCAGAACCAGCCUUUGCUAAAAAACCUGUAGGACAAUUCCGCGACUAUUCCAUUGACGAAAAUGAUGCUAUCAAAGAAAGAGUCCGAAAAACCUACAAGGAAAUGCACACGCACCAAACCGUGGAGUUCGUUCAAGACAAAAUAAAAACUUGGACGAAGUUCAAUCACUUCAAAUCCACAAUCAAAAAUGCCUUGAUCCGUCUUAACGACUUGGUCGACGAAAGUGAUCCCGAUGUCGAUCUUCCCAACAUAGUCCAUGCCUUCCAAACGGCUGAAAGAAUUCGAAAAGACUAUCCUGAUUUAGAUUGGUUUCAACUAACUGGUUUGAUCCACGAUUUGGGUAAAGUUAUGGCAUUCUACGGGGAACCCCAAUGGGCCGUUGUCGGAGAUACCUUUGUGGUAGGUUGUGACUGGGGCAAGGAUAUUGUCUACCGGGACACUUCUUUCGUAGAUAAUGUGGAUGGUAAAAAUCCAAAAUAUAAUACGAAAUAUGGUAUGUACAAGCCAAACUGUGGAUUAGAAAAUUUGUUACUGUCGUGGGGCCAUGAUGAGUACUUGUAUCGAGUUUUGAUACAUAAUAAAUCAACUCUUCCUAAGCAGGCCUUGUGGAUGAUUCGAUUCCACAGUUUUUAUCCCUGGCAUACAACUAAUAAUUAUCAACAUUUAACAACAAACAAAGAUGAAGAAAUCAAAGAUUGGGUUUUGAAGUUUAAUCAAUAUGAUUUAUACACUAAGAGUACCGAAAUUCCAGACAUUGAUGGUCUGUGGCCUUAUUACGAAAAAUUGAUCGAUAAAUAUAUACCCGGAGUGCUGGAAUGGUAACAUGUUAGCCAUUAGAGAAAACACUUUUAUUAAAAAUAAUCUACAUGUAAAUACAAAAUAUUUCAAAUAAAUUUUACUUAAAAUAA